GCUGCCUACGGAUGCAAAGAAAUCGUGAAACCAGCUAAGGCUAGCAACGGGGAGACUCCUCUCUCAGGCAUCCCCAUACCAGAUGUCGCCUCUAACCGCAUUAUCUCUGAAUCUUUUCCCUGCCUCGGUGCAUCAUAGGCCCUUCGGCCCCACACGCACUGGACAAGAUUGUUUUACAGUGCCUUGGGCCCUCCUCCCGAGAGCUGCCCUCCGGCCAAUCUAAGACCUUAAUAAUGGGCCCCGAUUCAGCCUAGCUGGCCAGACCUCCAGAAAAAUCCCUCUGUGGGCAGAACAGCACCCCCAUAGCUGACCUGCUCGAGUCCCAGCCCGACUCCUCCUUACCCGGGCACAAAGAAUGGAGCCCGUUGUGCCCCCACGUGGGUAACUGGCGUAGUCACGUGAUCCUAGGUCCGCGGCGGGCGGCCGAGGAACGGCAGUGAUUGGUCUGUCUGUCACCACGUGACGAAGCCCGGCCUUCCCUCUCGGCUCCGUUUCUCCCGGGGACUGAAGGCCCCAACCCACCAUCCUGGGGCUGUUUAUCUUUGUGCCAGAUGCAUAACUCAUCCUGCGACCCUGACAGAAGAUCCCGACGCUGUGCAAGAGGGAAAAACAUCGGGGGAGAAGCUGAACUGCACCACGGGGAAAAUACGGGGAGCGGAUAGGAAUGUAAGGGGCAGAUGCCAGCUCGGAUUCUGCGGCUGAGCCCGGACUGGUGAGGCGCUCCACAGGUCACCAGGAGCCCUGCCGGCGUUUUCUUUCAGGCUCGACCAUGCCGGCGGUGCUGGGUUUCGAAGGCAGCGCCAACAAGAUUGGCGUGGGAAUAGUGCGGGAUGGCACGGUGUUGGCGAACCCGCGGCGGACUUACGUCACUCCGCCGGGCACAGGAUUCCUCCCAGGUGACACUGCCCGGCACCACCGAGCCGUUAUCCUGGAUCUCCUGGAGGAGGCACUAACAGAGGCUGGAUUGACCUCCCAGGAUAUUGAUUGUGUUGCCUACACCAAAGGCCCUGGCAUGGGUGCCCCACUGGCGUCUGUGGCUGUUGUUGCCCGUACUGUGGCCCAGCUGUGGAAUAAGCCGUUGCUGGGUGUGAACCACUGUAUUGGCCACAUUGAGAUGGGCCGCCUCAUCACUGGAGCCACCAACCCAACUGUGCUGUAUGUCAGUGGAGGAAAUACUCAGGUGAUUGCGUACUCAGAACAUCGUUACCGCAUCUUUGGGGAAACCAUUGAUAUUGCAGUGGGUAAUUGUCUGGAUCGCUUUGCCCGAGUGCUGAAGAUUUCCAAUGAUCCAAGUCCAGGCUACAACAUUGAACAGAUGGCAAAGCGAGGCAAGAAGCUAGUUGAGCUGCCAUACACUGUAAAGGGGAUGGAUGUCUCAUUCUCAGGGAUCCUGUCUUUCAUUGAGGAUGCAGCACAACGAAUGCUGGCCACAGGCGAGUGUACCCCUGAGGAUCUAUGUUUCUCCUUGCAGGAAACUGUGUUUGCAAUGCUGGUAGAGAUAACAGAGCGAGCCAUGGCACACUGCGGCUCAGAGGAGGCCCUCAUCGUGGGAGGUGUAGGAUGUAAUAUGAGGCUACAGGAGAUGAUGGAAACAAUGUGUCAGGAACGUGGAGCCCGGCUUUUUGCCACAGAUGAGAGGUUCUGUAUUGAUAAUGGAGCCAUGAUAGCCCAGGCUGGCUGGGAGAUGUUCCAGGCUGGACACAGGACCCACCUCAGUGAUUCUGGAGUCACACAAAGGUAUCGGACAGAUGAAGUUGAAGUGACCUGGAGGGACUAACAAGAUUGACAGAAUCAGGGUAGAUAGUGCCCUAAGUGGAGCUCAAGGGCCUUAAUCUUUAUUCUGAUGUGGGGAUCCUAGGAAGGCUCUGGACUCCUCUCUCCCUUCAUGCAAACUCCAAGAUGACUCAGCAAUAAAGUAUUUUUGGUUUUGUAUGUUGGUAAUUGGCUUGGGUUGUUCAGGACCAAUACAGAGUUGGCACUGUGUAAAUUCUUGUUGACGGGGUGAAUGAGUAAGAAGGCAGGGGUCAGACAGAGUACAGCCCUGGUGGACUGCAGGUAGCCUUGGAGGCUGCUGCUCAAAAGACACGAUUGAAGAGAAAUUGUAGGUGAUAUUCUAACAAUCCCUUAAUAAUAGUAUUGUCAUAACAUUGUUAGUAUCAGGGCUUGUGCUAAGUGCUUUACAUUCAUUGUGUCGUUUAAAUUUUUUGUGAAGUAGAUACUCAGGAGUUCCCUCAAAAUAGCCUGAAGCCAGGUCUCAUUUAUCGCUGAGGAGUAAAAGGGCCUGUCUUCUCCACUA